CUUCGUUUGGCUAUACUACAGUUACAGUUCAGCUUUGAUCACUACUCUGAUCUAUCAGUCUUCUAUGAUAAGAGGCGUCAAGCGCGGGAAAACAUAUCAAAAAUAUACAGCGAACAAUGUCGAGUCCUGCGAGAGUGUCAGGCACUGAUAGCCCUGGAAAAACUCCUAGAAGACAAGUCCAGGGUACUAGAUCUCCUUCUACGUUUGGUACACCUCGUAAUGCAACCCAUAGUGGAGGUGAUAAUAAUGUAGAAACUCCAUUGAGAUGGGGUACCACUGGUGUGCGACAGAAUAUUUUAGAAUCUGGCAAUCAAACUGCCACGAUUGUUGCUUCUUCUGAACAUGAGAGUGCCGUCGAUUCUGCUGAUCAUUUCACAGACCACUCUGGACCAAUUAACGGUUCAGAAAGUGGUCUGCAGUUGUCUUCACCAAUUAAUUAUGGUACGCCAAGUUCAUUGGGAUCAAUUCGUACUCCAAGAAGUGGAAUUAGAGGCACCCCAGCUAGGCAUAGGCCUGACAUUAAUACAGAUAGACGUUUACGUCAAUUUACAUUGCAAGAACCAGUUCCAGAAGCACCAAACGGUACAUCAGAAAGUGAUACGGCAGGCCCACAUCUAGUUGUUUGGGGAACAAAUGUAGUAAUAAAUCAGUGUAAAGAGCAAUUCAAAUUAUUUUUUCAACAAUUUAUUAAUCCAGAUGCAGAGAAUGAUGAAUUGCCAGAAAAUAUGAAUCUAUCAGAACCUUUGUAUCUUCAAAAAUUAGAAGAGAUACACACCUUGGAAGAGCCAUAUUUAAAUGUCAAUUGUGCUCAUAUAAAAACAUUUGACGAAGUUCUUUAUCAACAAUUGGUUUCGUAUCCUCAAGAAGUAAUUCCAACAUUGGAUAUGGCAGCAAAUGAAUUAUUUUUUGAAAAAUUUCCUGCAGCAGUUCUGGAGCAUCAAAUUCAAGUGCGACCAUUUAAUGUGGCUAAGAUUAAAACUAUGAGGCAAUUAAAUCCUUCUGAUGUAGAUCAAUUAAUUACAAUACCAGGAAUGGUAAUUAGAGUAUCUCGGUUAAUUCCACAAAUGCGCGAGGCUUAUUUCAAAUGUAGCGUCUGUGCUUUUACGACUCUUGUAGAAAUUGAAAAAGGGAAAACAAAAGAACCUACAGUGUGUGCACAUUGCACUCAUAAAUAUUCUUUCACUUUAGUACAUAAUUUGAGUCAUUUCUCUGAUAAACAAAUGAUUAAGUUGCAAGAAGCUCCAGACGAGAUGCCACAAGGACAGACUCCACAUACUAUUGUUUUAUUUGCACAUAAUAAUUUAGUAGAUGCAGUGAUGCCUGGAGAUAGGGUUUCUGUAACUGGAAUUUAUAGAGCAGCAACGCAUAAACCUAAUUUUGAUCAUAAUUUACAAGCUAUUUAUAAAACUUAUAUUGAUGUAGUUCAUUUUAGAAAACAUGACUCUAAACGUUUAUAUGAUCAAGAAGAUGGAAAAGAACAUAACUUUACACCAGAAAGAAUAGAAAUGUUAAAAUCGUUGUCACAAAAGGGUGAUAUUUAUGAACGAUUAGCAAGACAUAUUGCUCCUAGUAUAUAUGCAAAUAAUGAUGUAAAAAAGGGAAUUAUAUUACAAUUAUUUGGAGGGACUAGGAAAACUUCUACCGUAUAUGGCAAACAUUUUCGACCUGAUAUUAAUAUAUUACUCUGUGGUGAUCCUGGUACAAGCAAGUCACAACUAUUGCAAUAUAUUUACAAUUUGGUACCACGAUCUCAAUAUACAAGUGGAAAAGGUUCUAGUGCGGUUGGAUUAACAGCUUAUGUAACAAAAGAUCCAGAAACUGGACAAUUGAUAUUGCAAACAGGAGCUUUAGGACUUGCAGAUAAUGGAAUAUGUUGUAUUGAUGAAUUUGAUAAAAUGAAUGAAAAUGCAAGAUCGGUAUUACAUGAAGUAAUGGAACAACAAACCUUGAGUAUUGCUAAAGCUGGAAUUAUUUGUCAAUUAAAUGCUAGAACUAGUAUACUUGCAGCUGCUAAUCCAUGCGAAUCUCAGUGGAAUAAGAAUAAAACUGUGGUUGAAAAUGUGAAAUUACCACAUACACUUCUUUCUCGAUUUGAUUUAAUUUUCUUAAUAUUAGAUCCACAAGACGAAACAUAUGAUAGUAAACUUGCAACUCAUAUGGUAUCUUUAUAUUAUAAAACAAUAGAAGAAGAUGAAGAUGAGCUAAUAAACAUGAGUAUUGUUCGCGAUUAUAUAGUGUUUGCAAAAGAACAUGUUCAUCCUGUCCUCAAUGAAGAAAGUCAGCAAAGAUUGAUACAAGCUUAUGUUGAUAUGAGAAGAGUUGGAAGAGGGCGUGGACAAAUAACAGCGUAUCCUAGGCAAUUAGAAUCAUUGAUACGUUUAUCCGAAGCUCAUGCCAAAGUACGAUUGAGUUCUGUUGUGGAGUUGCAAGAUGUUGAAGAAGCAUGGAGGUUGCACAGAGAAGCUUUGAAACAAUCAGCAAUUGAUCCAUUAAGUGGAAAAAUAGACGUAACUAUUCUGACUACAGGUAUAUCUGCAGGGGCUAGAAAAAGAAGGAAGGAAUUGUGCGAGGCAAUUCAAAAACUUAUUGAAAGCAAGGAUAAAGUUCAUAUGCUUAAUCAACAAAAAAUUUUUGCUGAAAUAAAACAAUCCUCUGAAUUGCUUGUUACCCGAGAUAUGUUUGAAGAUGCUUUAAGAGAAUUACAAAGUAAUGGAUUAAUAACAAUAAUUGGAAGAAAUAGCAUUCGUAUUUCUUAACUUAUUUUAUAUAUUUCAUUAUUUUUUAACUAGACUUGGAUACGGACAAAUUAUAAAUACAAAGAAUUUGAUCAGUCAAGUCCCCUUUUUAUACAUUUUACAAACUUAUAUUAAAUAU